GUUCUAAUCCGAGGUUAGACGAAGAGGGCCGAGAUAAUGCGAAUGAGAUCAACUUUUUCUUUUGAUAUCGAAAGUAGGAAUUCUAAGGUUAUUUUAUAGUGAUCAUCCGUUUCUCAAUUCAACAAUAAUUUGUGUUAUUUGAGACAGACUGUAUGAAAUAAAAGAAUUUAAUGAACGAUAUCGCAUGGAGAAUGUCAUUAUUCGUUAACUCUUCACAAUUGAGUUAAGAACAACUUGCUGCAAUAUUUGUUAUCAUUUAUACCACACCGUCACGUGAUGUCACGAUUACUGAAGAUAUUGUUAGUUUGUAUUUGUGUAGCAGCUAACAAUAGUCUAGUACAAGGCUGCCUGAGAUCUGGACCAUCUGAUGAAGAUUUCAGGGCCUUACGAGAAGAAGUCCGAUCCGUAAAGAGAGAACUUCAUCACCUAGAGAACAAGCACGAAAAUUUUGUGUCCGAGUCAAGAGGUCGAAAGUCUAAUACAGAGGCAACUGUAAACAAUGCGGAAUCAAUAAUUAGACGCUUGGAUGAACUUGAGGUAAAACAAAGUGAAUUAGAACAAAAUACAAAAGCUGCUAAUGCUACAAAACAACUUAUUAAGAAAACUGUGGAUAACUUGGAGAAGCAAAUCAAUGAUAAAAUAAAAACUUUGCAUAAUGUGUUAGCUGAGUUGGAAGAAAAAUUAAAAAAAGGCCAUGGUGCGCUAGAAGGUUCCAUGCAGAACAUAGAGACCUCUACAAAAAAGAAAUUUGAAGAAAUUCGCAAAGUCCUCAAGGAAAACGGAGAAACUGCUGAAGAAAAACAUGUUUUUAUUUUAGAUUCACUUGAUAAAUUAAAUAGUGCUGUUAACUCUGAUUUGAAAACGAAGGUUGCUGAUUUUGAUAUGCACAUAACUUCAAUACGAACCUCAAAAGACGAGGCAGAUAAACUUUUAGAAGAACUGCAAACAGUUGUCGAAAAGAUUCGUCCAAACACAUUCAAUAAAGACAGUGCAGUAAAGGCGUUUUUGGUCGUUGUCGUGUUUGUUUUGAUCCUGGCAUUCUGGGUAUUCAAAUUACAGCAAAGUGUGACAGAACUAAAGAAGUACCCUUAGUCAUCAACAUAGACAUUUUAAGACAUUUGUUUCUAAAUGUAAAUUAAUAUUUAUAUUCAUACAUAGAUUAGCACUAUACACUUUAUUUUAUUUAUA